AUGACGGGCUUUCUCACUCCCCUGAUGCCCCUUCUCCUCGUCCUGCUACAUCCGGACGCCAGCUUCUCCAGCUCCUGCCCCAAAGACUGCACAUGCUCCCCCGCGGACUCAACCAUGUGCUUUCAGAGGCGCUCCUCUUCCAUGCCCACUGGAGUCUCCUCAAUCACAAAGAACCUCUAUCUUUUCGCUAAUGGCAUUGAGAGUUUGAACACAGAUGACUUUCAAGUGGUCCCCUCCCCUGGCACCAAGGACGACGCUGAGGAAGAGACACACUUCUGCCCCUCUGACACUUGCCUAAAUGGUGGCACCUGCCGCUUAGUUGGAAUAGGACAGAUAGAGUGCAUGUGUCCACGUGGGUUUACAGGUUUAUAUUGUGAAAUGUACACAAAGCCAGCCCCACCACCUGAACGGAUGAACCCCCAGCCAACUGUCACUGUGGACACACCUGACAUAAGCUCACACCACGCCACUCCAACGUCCAUCCUUUUAGAUCUUCACCGGUACUUUGAAUUAAGGCCCAAGACGCGUGCUAUCCGAUUGACCUACCGCAAUCUGUCUGGACCAGAUCGCAGGCCAAUGCAACUCAACUUGCCGGCGUCUCACCCAGAAUAUGUUCUCAGAGGUUUGAAACCCAACUCCACCUAUUCAGUCUGUGCCAGUCCCCUUAGUGAUCCAAGUGGUACAGACAAGGUGUGCAUAGAGGCCCAAACAACUCCGGAGAAGAAAUACUACAAACAGACAUACCCGGAAAAAGAACUCACCACUAUGAUAAUUCCAGCAGUUGCCAUCUUGCUUCUUCUGGUGCUGGUGGCGGUGGUAGUUGGAGUCAUGUGCUAUCUCCGAAAGAAGAAAGCUAAGGGGCACCUCGAACUGGAGUGUGAGCCCUCUCAGCUCGAGUUAGAUGGAGUGAAACCCAGCGUAGACAAUGGGGCACUACCACAAAAACAGCCACAGAUUAUGAUUCCUGAACCUGCCGUUCAGAAUGGGAAUGUGGAGUAUGAGCCCAGGCUGUGGCCUGGGGCUGUGGAUGCAGCGGUCAAGCACCCCACUAUAGGCACCGAGUUGCAGAGUUCACCCCAGUGGAAAGUCCGCAUCAGCACAGAGGAGUCUGCGGCUCAGAGAUAG